UUCGACACCAGCUGCCGAUAGCUUCAGCACUGUAAAUCGACCUUGUCGUCAGUAUCGAGACGGCAAACGGGCGGGAAGCCCGACCUGGCUAUCAAUCGUCAAUAGCUUUCGCGUCUGCAAUACCAGCCACCGGAUUCAUUUAAUCGACAACUCUUCUUGCCUUUGCAUACUGAAGUCUUUCAAGUUGCAUUGCAUAUUUUUGCAUCUCCAUGAUGUCCGACUUCAACACUCUGUACCAGCAAGGUCUCUACCUUUCCCCUGGCCAACAGGAUCUCCUUCUAGCCGCUCUUUCUUCGAACAACAAGCAGAAACCCAACGGCCAGGCACCAAAGACCGGGUCAAAUCCUACCGAUACACCGGGUCAAGCGUCCACGGGAAGCUUUAGUGCGUCUCCGGCAUUCGAUGGUUCGAAUCACCAAUUCGACAACCUAAACUACGACGAGAGCCCCUUCCUUGACUUCAACCCAGAUCUCGAAUGGGAUUUCCCCGGCUCGGACGAAAACCUGAUUGGUGAUCUGCCAGGAAGUGCGGUCUCGGAUGAUCAUGAAGUCGGUGAUAAGCGAAAGGAUUCUGAUAGCACGAGCGAAGUUUCUGGAAAGAAACGAAGGGAAAGUGACGAUAAAAGUGAUGAAAAGGCAUCGAAGAAACCAGGAAGAAAGCCGCUGAUGUCAGAACCGACUUCGAAGCGCAAGGCACAGAAUCGUGCAGCACAACGGGCAUUCCGCGAACGAAAAGAGAAACACUUGAAGGAUCUGGAAACAAAAGUAGACGAGCUACAAAAGGAAUCUGACGAUGCUAAUCAGGAAAAUGGAUUGCUCAAAGCUCAGGUUGAGCGUCUACAGGUUGAAUUGCGAGAGUAUCGCAAGCGUCUUUCUUGGGUCACACAAGGAAAUGCGCUUUCAGCUAUCAAUUCAUACCCAGGCAAUGCCAACCGUAUGUCUGGGUUGAACAAUAAUGACUUCAUGUUCGAUUUCCCCAAGUUUGGGGAUCUACCCGGAAACCGUAUCUUCAACGGUGGCUCGCAAGGCAAAACCGGCCAGAACAACUCGAACGAUGCCACACCGAUACCUGGAGUUUUACGACACCCCGCACUCCAGACUUCAGCUAACAGCAGGGGUUCUAACUCUGCUUCCCCCAAGGCUGCCACACCAGCUAAGCCAGCUAACGCAUCACCGGCCACCACGAAUGGACGCUUGACAAACCAAGCCCCGAAUUUGUCUGCCUACAACUUCAACCGACAGACGGGGCAGAGCCACGACACCUCGAAUUCCGAUUCUCCAUCGUCUUCCUCAGACUCUCAUAACUUCCUUUCGUCUAACGGUACCUCCCCAGAACCUAGCGUACAGUCUCCGGAAAAUAAGCCCAAGGAAUCUCACGAUGCUCACGACGGGCACGCUUGCACCAUUGACGCUGUGAGACACCGGAGCGAAAGCGCGACGAACACCCCCACCGAGCCAGAGAACACCGAAAAUGUUCCUGGAAUUGAUUUCAUGGCUCAGCAGAACGGAGGCCAAUUUGACCCUCUUCUAUUUGGGGACUGGCGGGAGCCUCAAGAUGCAAUUCUAUCCCAAGAUUUCAACACGUUCUUUGACGAUGCAUUCCCAUUGCCUGACCUGGGUAGCCCGUCUCAUAAUCUCAGUGAGGCUGGCACCCAUACACAGCCCAAGAAGAGCAUCCUUGAUGAGAUUGAUAAUAAGAUGGAUGAGGAAGUUGUGCCAGGGGAGGACAAGGCCCAAAUGAUGUCUUGCACCAAGAUUUGGGACCGAUUGCAAUCCAUGGAGAAGUUCCGCAAUGGGGAGAUCGACGUCGAUAAUUUGUGCUCUGAACUACGCACGAAGGCUCGCUGCUCCGAGGGCGGUGUUGUUGUGAAUCAGAGGGAUGUGGAUGAUAUCAUUGGCCGUGUCUAGACGGUCAAUCGACGCAUUGAAGGAAUAUGCAGUGCCAACAACCGUGGAAUCAUCUGCUUCUCGAAUUCGGAUACAGAUACCCCUCGAUAUGAUACCUCGAUGAUAUUUGGAGUAACGGGAUAUGAUACAACUUUGUCUUUUUACUAAUGGGAUGCACAAACACAACUACAAGUUGAAUUGGUGCAAAAUGUCAUGAUUUA